AUGAAUAAACCACACAAUUACACAAGUGCUUUUUAUAUUUUCGAUUUUAACUUAUGUCAAAAUUAUUCAAAUAUAUUUUGGACUCUUUUAAAACAAUCACCAACCGAAGAUAUAAUAAUUAUUAGUUUUAAGAAUUAUUUUGAAAGAAAGCAGGUAUCUCAGUUGAUUAAGUUAAGAAUUAAAAAUGAAAUAGAAUGGGUAGAAAAUUAUAAACUUAUAAAUUUAGAACAUUUUGAAAAUUGCCCAUUUAUUUUUUUAGUAAAAACAUAUUUAUACAAUAAUAUUCGUCAUGUAUAUUUUAAAAAUAUCGAAAUUGCAACAAAAAAAGUUUAUGGGAAAAUAUAUAAAACUAUUUUAAAAUCAUAUUUUUAUAAUUUUGUAAAAAAUAAAUGGAAUCAAACUAAAUUGUGUGAAAAUAUACAACCAGAUGAUAUUAUUGAGGAUAAUUUGAAUAUCUUUAAAAAAAAAAAAAAAAAAAAAAAAAAAAAAAAAUAUUUUAAUAAAUUAGCUAGUUAUGAAUAUCCUAUUAAAAAUAAAAUUAUAUCUACAUCAUUAAAUAGUAAUAUUUAUAAUUAUUCGAUAAAUAAAAUAGUUUUGAUAAAUAAUUCUGUAGAUAAAAAUAAUCAUUGUUCUGUUAUCCAUCAAAAAGAAAAUGAUAUAAAAAAUUUGAAUCCAAUAAGGUCAUAUAGUAGUAAUGUGUGUUAUAAAAAAAUAAAUAAAAAUAAUAAUAAUAAUUAUAUAUAUUCAUAUUUUGGAGAUAAAUUAUAUAAUAAAAAUGAAAAAAAUUUAAAUCAUUUUAGUUGUAUUACAUUUAAAAUUAAAAAUACAAGUUUGUGUGUAUGCUUGGCAAAUGUAAAUUUGUUCGAAUCUUUUGAUAACAUAGAUUAUUAUAAAGACUUGUUUUCAAGAUAUAGAAAAGGCGAAAAUGGCGAAAAUGGCGAAACUGACGAAAAUGCAGAGAAUGCGGAAAAAAAUGCUGAAAAAAGUGCUGAAAAAAGUGCCGAAAAAAGUGCCAAAAGCAACUAUAUAAAGUAUUGCCUAAAUUACUAUGCCAUGUGCUGUAAGCAGCUUUAUAACUAUUUUAUAAAUAAGUUAAUUUUCGAAACACAAAAAAAAGAUAUUUGGUUAUUCGAUAAUGAUAUUAUUAUUUUCUUAGGAUUUGAAAAAAAUAUUCUUAUUGAAAAAAAAAAAAAUGAAAUAAGAAAUAUAAUAAAUGAUUAUUCUAUUUUUCCUGACAAAAAUUUUUUUAUUCUAAAUAAAAAAAAAAAAAAAAAUUAUAUUCAGCCCAAAGCUUAUUCGACAUUAAUUGUUCCUGGCAAUGGCUCACAUGAAUUUAAGUUGAUUGGCUUUAGAGUCUUAUGCAAUUUAUUUAGGGAUGCUAAAAGUGGUAGCAAAAGUGGCAGUAGCAAAAGUGGCGGUAGCAAAAGUGGCGGUAGCAAAAGUGGCGGUAGCAAAAGUGGCGCAAAUAAAAUAACGAACCUUAUUUCAAUAUCUCCCAAUUUUAUAAAUUUGAACAUAAUUAAUACUUAUCAAAUAUAUCAAACAAGUUUUACUUUAUCUUAUGAUUCUAAUGAAACAACUUCUCGAAAUAUAUCUACUUUAAAUAUUAAUCAAAAAAAUGACGAAUUAAUAAAUGUACAUACUAACACACCAUAUGCCAAUCAAGAUGAGAAAAAAGCACACACUUCGUUCGGUUGCGAAAGUGGGGAAAAUUGUGAAAGCGGAGAAUUUGCCAAUAAGCAAGGCAAUGGCGAUACAAACAAUGUUAGCAGAAAAGAUAGUCAGCUUUCAAUUUUGGUGGAAGAUAAUUUAAAAAAAAACAUAUUUGAGAAGUGGCAUACUAAUAUAAGUACUAUUUUUAGCAAAAAAAAUAAUAUUCUUAAAUCUGAAAUUGUAAAAAAAAGCGAGAACGGUUGUGAACCAGGCGAAACAAACAAGGAUGUAAAUAAAAAUAAAAAUAUAAAUAAAAAUAUAAACAAGGACAUAAAUGAGGACACAAAUGAGGACACAAAUGCUGAUGCAAAGUGUGUUUGUAGUAAUAACCGUGUUAAAAUCGAGGGCACGAUUCCAGAGAAAUUACAUUUUUCCAUAUUUUGCUAUGAUAAAAAAAAUGACUGUAUUAUUCCAGUAAAUUUAUAUUCAUUUUUACAUGUUAAACAAAAUAGUAUAUUUAAAUAUUUCGAGCAAAAUAUCUGUUUUAAAAAUAAUAAAAAUAAAAUUGAUAAAAAAUAUAAUUUUGAUAUUUUAAGGCAUAUAUAUGUUUAUCCACAUAAAGGUGUUUUACAACCAAAUAAUAAACAUGUAAUAAAAUUGCAUAUAUAUAUUGAACAAUUAUUAAAACAAACUAAAAAAAUGGAAGGGUUUUUUGUCAUUAUAAUACAUAUACAUAAUUAUAUGAAAAAUUUAUUUAUUAAAUUUAAGUACACUUUAAUAAAUAAUAUAUUGUUUACAUUCAUAAGUGAAAAAUGUGGAAAAAAUAGUGGGAAAAAUUGUGGAAAUAUAUGCGAAAAAAAUUGUGGAAAAAAUUGUAGAAAUAUAUGCGAAAAGGAAGAUAUGAAUAUGAAAAUAACUGUUAAUAAAAACAGUUUUGAUAAGUUUGUCCCUUACAAUUUUGAAAAAUUAUUUUUAUUUUUAUUUUUUACUCUAGAACAUUAUGAAAAAAAGUUACACACUAAUGUAGAUGAAUUAGAAGAAGAUAAUUUUUAUUUUUUAAAAAUACCACAUAUAGAUAAUUAUAAUAUUAUUUAUUUAUUCGAUCAGUUUAAUGAUAAAAAUAUAAAAAACAAAAUUUAUAAUUUAAAUUUUGUGAAAAAAAAAUGUCUAUUCCAAAAAGUAUAUAAAGGAACUAGAGAAGAAAAUAACCAAUAUGAUAUGAAUAAAAUAAAUGAAUUAAUUUUUAAAAUAAAACGAAAUAUGAAAAUAGACAAAAACGUUUCAAUAAAUUUGAUUUUAUUUUUAUGUGAAGAAUUAUUAUAUAUAUUAAAUAAAAGUAUGAUAUAUUUUAACUUAACAGAUUAUAUAAGAAAUAUAUAUAAUAAUUUUUCUAUAAAUAAAAUAAAAAAAAUGAAUAUAAUUUUUUAUAAUAUUUUAAGACAAUCACCAUCUAUAUUUUAUAAAAAUAUCUUUUUACUUUUUAUUUCAUUUUUUAAAAAAUUAUUUUUUUAUUUUAUUCAAUUAUCUAUACAUAAUUUUUAUAUAUUGGUUAUGAAGAAAACACCAUAUUUUCUCUUUAAUGCCUUAGAAAAAGAAAAGCAAAAAAAAAAAAAAAUUCUUCUUAAUUAUUAUUUCCAUGCUUUUUUACGUCCUUUUCAUUUUUUUUAUGUAUCUUUUUUGUGUUAUUUAUCUUGUUUUUUUUUUAGUUUUUUAGAUACAUCAAUAGCGCUUGAUUUAGCACACCAUAUAUUAUUCUAUAUGUAG